CAGCUCGAAGGGGGUUGCCUAAAUUGCCUACUACCAGCUAUCAGAUGAUGAUGAUGCUGUUGAUUCAAAGUCACGUUCAGACCUCGUUGGGAUAGUAGUGUGUGGAUACCAACGUUCGAUAUACCUAGCCCGAAGGAGGAACACAGCCCUGCAUUCCUCGAUCGGCCAUCCCCGACGAUCAGAUCCAUAUCCAAUCAUUCCAGAACCUUGGACUUGCCACAGGACCGCAGUUCCUGCUCUCACCUUCUGAUCACGGGGCAAAGAACCAGAGAAUCCUCCUUUGUUCAUCGUCAUCGCAUCACGUCCUUUAGCUGCGGACGACCGGAUUAGAGCAUGCUCACGGAGAACCACUCGCUCGACCUAGAACACAUACAAAGGCGAGCCUCCAGUCAUCCGCCUCCCUCAGGCGAUCACAGGAGAACUUGAUUAACACAGACAGAGGCAGACGACAGCAUGUCAGAACCUCCGCCUUUACCUCAGAGGAAGUCGGAAAGACGACUGGAUAUGCUCGAUGGACAGGCUGUUCCGCUCGCCCCCGCGCUGCCGUUGAUGAGACCCCCUCCUCUUCCGCCAAGGAAGAGCGAGGCUAUCGCGAUCGCACAGGCCGGGGUGUCGAUACAGCUCCAGGAGGAUCCUCUCGAUACGAGUAGGGAGGAAGCAGGUGAAGUGAAGGAACAACACGCCUCGGAGCGAAAAGUCGGGGCGUCGGGGAUCCCGCCAUCGGUAGUCGUCGCGGUACAAGACGUUCCGCCGGUCGAGGUCCCAGAGGAGAGUCUGGCUCGUCACCAAGUCAUCCAGGAGGGAUCGUCCUUGACAAAGGGUGCUUCUGACUCCCUAAAUUCCCGUCCGGCCUCCAGGUCAACGGCUGCUCCGACUCAAGAAGUCGAGAUGCCAUCUGAGGAGACCCGCAACAUGCCGUCGGUCCCGGAGCCGAAUACUCCAGCUUCGCGCCGUACGCAAGCAUCUAGACCUACUACACCUCAAUCAUCCGCUAUACCGCUCAGUGCGUCGACCCAAAACCGAUCGUUACCUACUCCUGUUCCAGCACAGAUCGCAGCGAAGAGAGCAGCUUCGAAAGGACCGUUCACACACGCUCCUCUGGAUCCGAAUCAAGACCCGCACAUUCCUCUUCCUAUGCCUUCACUCCCUGUCGUGCUCCUUCUCGCCAUUCCCAUCACCCUUGCCUACCUUCGAGUCAGCUUCGUCACCCUUCUCCUCGGUCUGCUCUUCAGCUGGUACAUCUGGGCGGAAUGGAAACGCAAGAAGACGAAAAGAACCGAUUUUGGCCCGGAGGUCGAUAGAGCCAAAACAAAGGGUCUCAACGCGAAAUGGGAGCAUGAGCAUUACAAUGAAGAGAGCGUCUUCUGGAUGAAUCAUGCACUCCGCGCCCUUUUCCCCCUGAUCAACACGGACAUCUUGACCCCGUUCAUCGAUCUUGUUGAGGAUGCGUUGUUGACUCAGGUGCCUCCGAUCAUUUCCUCGGUCAGGUUGGUCUCGCCGUCGUUAGGGGAAGAGCCGAUCCAGAUUGUCUCGAUGAGGCCCAUGUCAGACGCAGAGUGGUUUGACAACCUGAGCAAAGCUCCUUCCGCCCCUGCGAAUCGGAACGGCAAACUCAUGGGCACCCUCGACUCGUUUCGGAAAAAGAUCUUGCCCGGAGGCAGUGCUGCCACCGGUGACCUGCCAGACAACGAACAACCUCGUCCCGACGGCGGAUCCGAUGCCAAGGUUCGUUCGAUGGAAGUCGAUGAAAGGAGGAAACGCGACCGGAUCCUGCGCAUGAUCGGUGGUCGACGGGGCCAGGGCGUUGGGGUUAGCGAGGGCAGGGAUUCGGCGCAGAAGCAACAAGGCGGCGAGAUGAAAGGCCAUCGCGAUUUCUCAGAAGGCACUCAUGUUCGAGGAGAGGAAGAUACCGGGGACGAGGAUCAAGAUGGAGGAGAAUAUGUCAACUUUGCGGUUGAUUUCAGCUACGAUGGGAGGAAGAACCGGAACGGGUGGGAUCUACAUUUCUUGUGUUAUAUGGGAAUCGGUAUGAAGGGAUUGGGCGGUGGCGAAUUACCUAUUUGGGUGGAGAUGCUCAAGAUUACAGGAACGAUGCAUGUGCGGCUUCUGCUUGCCCCGGACGUACCUUUUGUACGGACCGCUUCCAUCUCGCUUCCUCAAUUACCCGACUUCGAUCUUGCUAUCAAACCGAUCAAAGAUCUGUCUCUGGACUUUUUCGGUCUGCCGUUUCUCAAACCGUUCAUGGAAAAGGCCAUCUUGGAAGUCGCAGAUGGCUUCGUUCGACCCAAUUCGUACAGGUUGGAUGUCGACCGUCUCUUGCUAGGGGAAGAAGCUGCUUUGCGAACCGAGGCGAUCGGAGUUCUCCACAUCAGAGUGCAUAGGGCCGAAGGCCUGAAGGCCGCAGAUACAUUCGGAUCCUCCGAUCCAUAUGCCACGGUCGCAUUCUCAAAGUUGAGUAAACCCGUCUUCAGCACGAGAACGAUCGUCGAUAGUCUCAAUCCUCGAUGGGAGGAAGAUGCCUACGUCCUUGUCGUCUCUGAUGCCAUCGAGUCUGGGGAGCGAAUCCGUAUUGUGGUCUACGACGCGGACCGUUUUUCUGCAGACGAUGCGAUAGGUAUGGUUGACAUAGAUCUCGCCGACCUCCUCGAAAAGGGGAAUCAUCGGUCUGAAAGAAAGGAUAUGAUGGAAGAACAGACCGAUCUGGUACCAACGAAAAACGGUAUGCCCGCGCAAGGCCGUCUCUUCUGGAGUCAUGCCUUUUACCCAUUGUGGAAGAUGCCCGAAGACGGCAAGGCACAACAGGCCGCUGGAGAAGAGGAAUGGCAACACGAGAAACACGGCAACGACGAUAUCGGUACGGGCAGGGAGGGGCAGGUGCAGAUGCCCGGUUUAAUCUAUAGUUUGAUGGGUAGACUUGCGCCUGAUCCAUUCCCUUGGGAGGCGGAGCGACGUAAGCGUCGUAUGGAGAGCAUCGCUUGGCUGACGGGAGAGAGGGCCCGGGAGACUCUAGAGGCCUCUGUCAAGCCAAGCAUGGACCGUCGAAGCGGUAUUUUGCAGUUUGCCAUCACCCAGUGCAACAACCUCGAAUACCAACGCACGGGAAAGACUUUCGCAUCGCAAUCGAGUAAGAGGCAUUCAGGUGCAGCAGGAGGUCGCCCGGCUCAAGAGACUGUAGUGGACUCUAUGCCCUGGGAGCAGGAAAGACCGCCGAGCGCCUAUGCUGAGGUCAUUCUCAACGGGCGUCUUGUAUAUCGCACUCGAACCAAGCAAAUCAACCCAUCUCCGUACUGGAACGCUACUGGCGAAAGAUUUAUCAGAGAUUGGUCCAAGGCUAGAUUGGUCGUUGUGAUCCGAGACGAGCGAGAUCGGGAAAACGACCCGAUUCUCGGUCUCGUUUCGAUCGAACUCUCUACCGCCUUUAGCAAGGCUUGUCAGCUGACCCGAACGUAUCCGCUUCUUGGGGGCCUCGGUUGGGGAACAGUGCGGAUAUCGUUACUGUUCAAGGCGGUCGAUGCGCAGCUACCUCACGGUAUCAGCUCGUAUGAAGUAGCUACUAUUCGACUGAAUAGCCUUUCCAUGAAGCGCCCUCCUGGCUGGUCGACGAACAAGCUCUCUGUGAUCGUAGAGACGGACUCGGACUCGAAAACCAUCUCCUACGAUACCGACGCUGCUCCCGCCAAGAGGAGACAGUCCUUGGGAAGGAAGUCGAUAUCAUCCACCCAUUCGGUGGCAUCCAUGAAUACGGUACUGGAUCAGGCUUCGGAUCCCACGCUCAAGCCUGAAAUCCUAGACUGGAGGCUUGAAGAUCGAGGUGUCGUCAACGCUUUGCCUGUCGAAUACCGACACUCGUGCUUUUUGCUCUUCCGCUUUAUGCGACGAAGCGGAAGACUUAAGAAGGACAUAUACUUGGGCAUGGCGUGCAUCCGGCUUCAGGAUAUUCCCGAUAAUUCGGCCUGUCGUCGGACCGUCCCGAUAUACAAUACAGACGAUAUCAAUCAAGUUUGCGAUCUCGCUCUAAAUCGAGCAGCAGCGUUGGAGAGAAACGAAGAGGAUCCGCAGAAAGACUUGCCGAUGGUGAACAUCGGCUUCAACCUUUUCGCUGGGAUCAGCAGAGCCCAUCGUAAGCUCGCCAAACGAGACAAGCGUCUUGCGCACGUCUAUGAAGCGUGGCAGGCUGCGCAGGAUGACGAUGACACCAGCGGGCGUUCUGCGGACGGAAAAAUCGCGAACCCGGGGCAAUAUGAGGAUGCCGAAGUCGCGCCCGCGGACCUUGGGGAGAUGGACGAUUACGACGAGCCUACGUCUGCGUUUGGCAAAUGGUUGGAACACAAUCGCCUAUUAGGAAGACAACACAAGGGACUGAUGCAGAAUAAGCUCAUGCGAAACCUCAAGUUUGGCAAAGACAAGGUGCAAUCCAAGGUGUUGGGCGGGCAAGCUCGAGCGACACGAAAGAAACGGCCUCACGGUGCGGAUAUCGACAUGGAGAUGGAAGGUAUAAGCAAAAUAUAG